GAUCCCGGCCAGAGCCAAGGGCUCCUUAACAAGCGACUAGGGUUCUUCUUCCGGGGCGCCAAUGGGAAUGCACGUCAAGAGGAUGUAGCGCGGCGGCUGGAAAUCUGGGAAUUUCGCCUCGCCCUCGCCAUGACCGGGGUUACGCAAGAAUCCCGCGGCGAGGAGGAGCGCCGCCGCGGCGAGAUUAGGGAUUGGAAGGCGGGUGUGAGGAGCGGCGGAUCGCUGCGCGAGAUCGUAGAUCUCGACACUGGCACGAAUGGCUGGGCGGCGCCUCCCGGCAGCGCAUUCCAGGUUCGUGGCCACAAUUACUUCGCCAAGAGGGUCAAGGCCGCGGCGGGCGAGUGCGUGAUGAAGCCACUGGGCGUGGAUUGGCUUCGAUCGCACGGGAAGCUGGAUCACGUCCUCGCCCGCCCGGACAACAGGGUCAGGCGAGCUCUAGAUCUAGCGCAGGCACAGAGGGAGGGUCUCAAGUCCUUCGUCUUCGCCGUCAACUUGCAAGUUCCAGGGAAGGAGAACUACAGCGCCGUGUUCUACUACGCCACCGACGAUCCAAUCGCGCCGGGGUCGCUUCUCUACAGAUUCAUCCACGAAGAUGAUGGGUUCCGGAACAGUAGAUUCAAGCUCAUCAACAGGAUCGUUCGUGGUCCGUGGAUCGUCAAGGCCACUGUGGGGAAUCACGCGGCUUGCUUGCUCGGGAAAGCGCUCACUUGUCACUACAUCCGGGGCCCGAACUAUCUGGAGAUCGACGUUGAUAUUGGAUCGUCCACAGUCGCGACUUACAUCCUCCACUUGGCUCUAGGCUACGUUAGCUCCGUGGUUGUAGAUAUGGGAUUCUUGGUAGAGUCGCAGGCCGAGGAGGAGCUCCCGGAGAGAUUGCUAGGGACUGUGCGAAUCGCCCAGAUCGAGAUGGAGUCGGCUGUUUUUGUGGAUCACGAGCAGGAUCAUCACCAGCAGCAGGGUCUAAGUUGCUCCAACUCGAAUCAUCCCGGGACGAAUGCGAGCGCUGCGAAUUCAUGGCAGCGACGGCUUGGGUUUUCGUUCCGGGGUCACCACUCCACGAAGAACGGCAAGGUGGCGGAGCGCGAUCACUGUAAAGCGUGAGAGAAAGUGGGAGAGAUUUUUUUUCUUCCUCCAUUCGAUCGAUGGAUAUGGAUUAGACGAGCUCGAGCAGCGAAGAACUAUAUAAAAAGAUAGAACCAGUCUAUCUCUAUCACGACGAUGAUGAAAACAAUUUGGCUAAAGUAGAAAGAUUAGCCGGAUAUGCCAUGGGAAUCUUUUCCUCGAAGAGAAGAGAGAGAAAUAAAAUCAAAUUUUUGUAACGCGA